GGGGCGGACGCGCUCGAGCACCGGGAACCGUCAGCAGUUCCGGGUCCGGCGGCCGCCAGCCCGCACCCGCCGCGCGGCCCCUGGAGGAGGAACGGGAACCGAGCAGCGGCCGGGCCGAGCGGAGCUAUAGGCAGGAUCACUAAUACAUAACAACAAAAAAAAUAAAAGUGAAAGAUUAUCAGCACUGAUUAUUUUGUAUGAGAAAAGGUGAACUGAAAAGGUGGAAAGAGACACAACAAUGUCAGAAAACGAAAGGAAGAGUCAAGGAGUUCCCAAAGAAGCUCUGGCUAAACAAGACACAUCGUCAUUAACCGAUGCUGUAGAACAAGUUGCAAAGCAACAACAAUCACAAACAUCAGAAAUAGAAAGAAACAGAAAAGUUCUGUUCCAUUUGCAGAAUGAACUUCAUGAGCUUGAAACACAAAUAGCAUCUGUCUCUGCAGAAACUAAAGAAACAGAAAGGCAAAUUUAUCAGCAAGAUGCUGCCAUACAGAAUACCAGACUUCAGUGUGGAGACCUGGAAAAUCAAAUCAAAUCCUUACACGCGGAAAAUGUGAAGCUUAAAUCUGACAUAGAAACAGCCCAAGAAAAUUUUGAGGAACAAAUGAUAAAAUAUAAUGAAUACUAUGCCAAGAUAAAAGCACAUAAAGAUAGUUUGAGAGAGGUAGAGAACAAAUGGUCAUUCAUGACUGAACUCAAUGAGAAACGAGACCUUGUUAAAAAACUAAAGACAAUGAAAGAGGAACUUAAGCUGGAUCUCCAGAAUCCAGAAGGACACCUGAUGAGACAAGCACAGGAAGAUAUUACAAAACUGAAGGAUGAAAUUACAAGUGUAGAAGAAUCCAUCAGUGAACAAACUUGUUUUCUUGAGAAAGAAAUAAAGACACAUGAAAAGUUAAGAAAAGAAAUAGAGGUACAACAUAAAAGAUAUGGUGCAAUUCUUAAGCGUUUGCACUGUCAGUUAAAUAAGCUUCACUCAAAUAGAAGACAAUGGCAAUGGAACAUCCAACAGCUGGAAAAAACUGCUGCUGAACUGAGAAAACGUAUUGGAAUGAAAGAUUAGCAUGGCUAUAGGGUGUUGUAGGGCCUGGACUAUGCCACAAAAAUUAUGGGAUAGAAAGGUGAGAAUAUCCUUUGGGUCUUAACAACAGCAUCCACUAUCAAGGGGUUGUCUUAAGGACAGAUAUAUUUUCUCCUUUUUUGAAUCAGUCAUCUCUUUGUUAAAGUUCCUUCCAACACUAUAAUUGAUAGCAAUAGAGAGAUAGUAGGAAGGCUCACAGAAUAGUGAAAGACUCUGUAUGAAUAUUUUGAGUGUAUAAGAUGUCCUGAACUCAUCAAUGCCUAUUUAUAAACAUGUUGCCUUCACUAUUAUAUGAAGCAAACAUUUAAAAGAAAGAAGCACUUGAAUUUUCAAUGAUUUGAAUUUUUAAGGUAUUUUAAAUGGUUGUCUGUUUCAGACAACCUGCUCUUUUACCUUGGCUUCAAAGAAGUCCAUAAAUAUUGACAUUUAUUAUAAUGUUGUUAUGUAUUCAAGGCUUUUGAUAUUUACUUAGUUUUCUCCUUUAUCCAGAAGGUAACAAUCAUUUUUUCUUUGCUGUUGGAUAAAUGUAUUUUAGAGCUUUGCAAUGUAUACAAUCUUUUGUUCACUUUUCUGUCUAUACAUUCUUACUAUUUUAUAACUAAAUUCAAGUUAUAGUAUCAUGUAAGACAAACAUACCACCUCUUGAAAAAUGAAUGUUAGCCAAUGUAGAAUAGCAUGUAUUUUUUCUCAUGUAUGUCCACAGCCACAAAUCAAUACUUAAUUUGUCACUUCUAGAGUAAAAGUGUUCCUUAUUUUGGCUCCAUUGAGUCAAAUUUUUAGAAGCAGAAAUAAAUUAUUAAUUAUUUAAGAUACGAUUUUAAAAUACUCUCUUUUAGGAUUUAAUGAGUUCAAAGCAGUAACAUUAAACAAGUAUCUCAGGUCCAUUUUGUCCUCACUUAUCUAUGUGCAAAGACUCAGUUAGAUUAUAGCUGAUUUAAAACCUGAUAUUAAUAAUCUUAUUAUGCCUAAUAAUUGUAGUCCUAUUAGGAAUUUGCAUGGCUAAUCACAGCUAACACUUCAAGUGGCUUAUGCUGUAACACAGUCAGCUUUGGUCCAUGACUCAGAACUAGGUUUUUUUUUUUUUUUUCUUGCUACUUUUUUAGGACUAGGGUUAAGGUUACUAGAUCACAGACAUAACUUCAAAAUGCAAGAUUAUUAAACUGAUAGAAGAUACAUAGGAGAAAACCUAGAUGACCAUCAACAUAGGGAUGUCCUUAGAAACAACACCAAAGGCACAACUCAUGAAAGAAAUAAUUGAAGAGCCAGACGUCAUUAAAAUUAAAAAUGUCUGCUCUGUAAUAGACACUGUCAAGAGAGUGAUAAGACGAGCCAUUGACUGAAAGAAAAUAUUUGCAAAAGACAAACCUGGUAAAGAACCAUUAUUUAAAAUAUAAAGUAAAAUUUUAAAACUCAGCAAUAAGAAAACAAAUAACCAGAUUAAAAAAUGGGCCAGAGACCUUAACAGAUGCCUCACCAGAGAAGAUAUACAGAUGGCAAAUAAGCACAUGAAAAGAUGCUCCACAUGAAAUGUCAUCAGGGAAAUGAGAAAUAAAUCAAUGAGGUACUGCCAUAUACCUAUUAGAAUGGCCAAAAUCUGGAACACCAACACCACCAAAAGUUGAUGAGAAUGCGGAGCAACAGAGACUUCAUUUAUUGCUGCUGGGAAGGCAAGUCAUUUUAGAAGACUCUUUGACAGUUUCUUACAAAACUAAUCAUACUCUUAAGAUAUGGUCCUGCAGUCACACUCUUUGGUAUUUAUCCAAAGGAGUAUAGAAAACCAAUGUCCACACCAAAUCACAGAUGAUUAUGGCGGCUUUUUUUCAUAAUUGCCAAAACUUGGAAGCAGCCAAGAUGACCUUCAGUAGGUGAAUGAGUAAAUAAGCUGUGUUACAGGCAAAUAAUGGAAUAUUAUUCAGUGCUUAAGAAAGAAAUAUUAUCAAGCAAUGAAAAGAUAUGUCAAAACUUCAGUGUAUAUUACUAAGUGAAAGAAGCCAAUCUGAAAAGGUUACCUAAGUUCAACUAUAUGACAUUCUGGAAAAGGCAAAACUAAGGAAACAGUAAAAAGAUCAGGGGUUGCCAGGGUCACUAGGGGGUGAGGGGUUAGAGGAGAGAUGAUUAGGCAGAACACAAAGAAUUUUGGGGGAGGCGCUGAAAAUAUUUUGUAUGAUACCAUAAUGAUGGAUAUAUGUCAUUAUACAUGUGUCCAAAUGCAUAGAAUGUGCAAUACCAAGGAUGAAUCCUAAGGUAAACUGUGGCCUUUGGGUGAUUUUGAGGUAGGUUUACCCUUGGUUUAAAAAAAUGUGCCAUUCUGGUGAGUAAUGUUAAUAAGUGGGGGGCCUACACAUGUGUGGGAACAGGAAGUAUAUGGGAAACCUCUUUCUCUCAAUUUUGUUGUAAACCUACAACUGUUAUAAAAAUGUCUUUUUUUUUUAAAGCACUUAGAUCCAUAGAUAAUAGUGCAUGCAAGUUAGUAUUAGUAAAGCAUUUUGCAAGGGAAGUGAAAUUCUACUUAUAAAGGUUGUUUUGUAACCUUGUAAAGUUCACAAGAAAAGUGUUAGUUGCUCAGUCGUGUUGCCCACCAGGCUCCUCUGUCCUUGGAAUUCUCCAGGGAAGAGUACUGGAGUGGGUAGCCGUUUCCUUCUGCAGGGUAUCUUCCCAACCCAGGGAUUGAACCCAAGUCUCCUGCAUUGCAGAGAGAUUGUUUACUGUGUGAGCCAUAUAGGGUAUAGCAGUUAAUAUGCAAAGUUCCUAUAUCAUUUUCAUUGAUUGAACUUGGAAUCUUUUGUUCAUCCAUAAAAAUAAUUAAGGCCUCCAUCAAUACUGUGGAAAUUUAGGACUAUUUUUUGGUGGGGAGAGUCAGUAGAUUAAGAAAAACUUGUGGUUUUUCAACUAAAAACUAUCUGAUUUAUUAGUUGCUCAUGUUUUCAGUACUAUAAAUAUUUUAUUUUUCAAAAAUUAAGCUAAUGAUUAGUAAAGCUAAUGAUCAGAAAAAGUUAUAUGCCUGUCAUAAAUAACUUAUCCUGUAUUUGUUUACUUAAAUUUAUAAUGUAUUUCUAAGGGAAGGAUUUUUUCUUUUACUUUUCUGAUAAAUUUGGCAGGUAAUUAAUGCGUCUUCUAUAUCACAUUAGCUUACCAUAUAGCACUUUCUCCUGAAUGUUACUGAACUAUGACUGAAACAAGGAAAAAUGAACUGAAAUAGAUACUAAAAUAGCAGAAUAGAUUUAUUCAAUACAUAGCUAAGAAUGGGAUGCGUCAUAUUGCUUUUUCUCCCCUGUAAUGUUCUAUUUAAAUGAUGACUGUGAGGUCUAGAUCUUGAGAAACAUAAAAAUAGCAUAUGAUUUAGUAAUGACAGAGUUGCUGCUGACAUAACCCAGUAAAGACAGACAUGAAGUAAUGAAACUUCAAUCUCUUAAUUAAUUAGAUGAUGUAUUCCAAAAGCAAAACCAGAAUUAACGUGAUAAAUAGUUUUAAAAAGCUCUCUGGCAUAACAACCAUGUAAGAAUCAGAAUAAAACACUUAAAUUACAUAUAUUUGCCAGUAUUGCUCAGUCAUGUAGCACAAGGUAAUUUAGAGGCAAUGAUAAUGCGCUGCCCAUCUAAGAUACAUUUUCAAAUUUCUCUUGUCCAAAACAUUUAUGUCGAGACAUACCAUCCACCUCAUCUACUUAUUACUCUCUGUGACAUUGUUUUAUGUAGAAUAGAAAUUUGUAAUGCCUGUGCUCAUAUCGGAGAAGCUUCCUCAAGGUGCUCUCAAGACUUAUUUUUCCUUGAUUGCAUAGUGCCUCAUUGUGUGUGUGAUAUAGGAGAAAGCCAACAAUCCUGCAGAACCGAGUUGUUUUGUCCUCAGAGACUGCUGCUGCUAAGUGGCUUCAGUCGUGUCCGACUCUGUGCGACGCCAUGGUGUUAACUAAUUCAUGCCCAGUGCACCAGCCAGAUGUAUCCCUGGGCUGAAGACAUCACACAGCUCUUUCCUCAGCCAUUGUCAAGCGUCUGUUGCUCCUUAGAGGGAUGCUGCUUUGAGGACGCCUCCAUCUGUUGGAUGUGAUAUUGACUUGGUUGGGAAGUUAGAAAAUGUUGCUAUUUUAUCUGUGGUUCAUACAAGUUUAUAUAAAGCACUCAAUUCUCAAAAGAGUCCAUUCUUUUUCUAAUCUUUCGCCAAUUUAGAUUAUUCAUCCUCUAUGCCUUUCAAUCUCAAUUAAUCUGUCAAUGUAAUUACUCAUGCACAGUUUCCUAAUAAUUAGUCUAAUUCUCCCACUUUUCUUUUUCUUUCCAUCAAAAAAUAGCAUUUCCACCUUCAGAGCUUUCCUUUUCUCACUCCCUGAACAGCUCCAGUUGUAUCAUCUUUAAGCUCCAAUUCCCAUUUUUGUUGUAACUCAAAGUUUAAUUCACUGGCCUAAAUACAGAUCCUGAACAUUGAAGACCAUCUUUAAUUUGCAACUGUCUUGUGCAGGAGGCUCCAUCUUUACUUCGAAAUGCGUCACAAAGAUAAAUUUUCUGCAAAACACUACACAGUCAGUGCUCUGCCCAGAUUCUCUCAGAUCUUUUUUUAAAAUCCUGUUGAAUACCCCUCUCCCAAGUGAGCCAUAAUUUUACUUCCACUAGCUCUCACCUAAUACUGUCUGUGGGAGGUUUGCUACCCUCAAAAGGACUUUGCCCAAUACAACAGCCUCACUUGGCUUCUUCUUUCCAUUCUUGCAUCCCUUACUCUCCCAGAACUUCACUCUCCCAGGAGAAACUGGGAUAAACUACUUUCUCAGAGUCUGCUUCUGGGGAUCCCAAACUAAGUCACCUUGCAAAAAUAAUUACACACCAAAAUCUCUAUUUUCAAGAGAUGAAUAUUACUUUACUCCUGUUCCUCAUUGCAGAUCCGUUCUGCUUCCAGCUGCAGCAGCAACAGAAAAUAAUAAUUUUUAAAAAAGCAAGAAACUUAGCACCUUUGAAAUCUAAUCACUAUUCCAUUUCAGUUCAGUUCAGUUCAGUGGCUCAGUUGCGUCCGACUCUUUGCGACCCCAUGAAUCGCAACACACCAGGCCUCC